AUGACUUGUCGCGAAGCUGGACCUGAAGUUCAGCCGGGCUCGGCAUACAGCGCCAUUGAAAACCUACAUCUUAGCCCCAACUUCACCACCUCCCCCUCCUCCCUCCGCCUCGGCUACCUCCUCCCCGACCCCCUCAGCCCGGACUUGAUACCCCUGAACCGAAACUCGCGACUCCCCAUCAACCCCAACGACCUGCUACCCCCAACAACGGUAACUUCCUUCUCCUCCACGCGGAAAGACCUCCUCACCGGCCGCUUCGGCGUCUGGACCCCCCUCCUCACCGGCCGCUUCGGCGUCUGGACCCCCCUCCUCGCCGGCCUCAAGCUUCCGAUGGGCGCCGACCUCGGGUUAUUCUUCGAGCGCGGCUCCAACGACCGGGUGUCGGAGCCGGAUGAUGUAAAGGGGUAUUUGACGGAGAGAAAAUACCGCGUGCCGGUGUAUAUCGUUACUGGUGUCAAGAUCGCCAGGGGGGCGUCGGUGUCGUUGGAGAGGACACGGGAGGCAGAUGCACGAGUGGGGGUGUCGGGGCCGGAGGGGGUGGCGGAGGUGAAGCCGUUGCUGCAAAUUGGGAGGAAUAGACUCCAGGGUGUCGCUUUUGAUACAGCGAGCGAGUUUGUUCUGGCGUUUCAGGUGAGAAGGAUUAAGUUUGCGAGGGGGAGGGUGCAACAUGAGUUGAGUUUGAAGGGGACGAGUAUGUUGGGUGAUGAGAGGGAGGAUGUGCAAGAGUGGAAGGUGGACUCGGUGGAUCAUUUUGUGGGUGAGGAGGAUGAGGUUGAGGUUCUUGAGGAUUCGGAUGAGGUUCAAUGGGCGGUUGCUAGGGAGUUUGAGGACUGA